AUGCCAGAAGCUGAAAAAAGAAGUGCACCUGAUACAGGGGAAGAACCAAAUGCCAAGAAAGUAUGUGUUGAAGAGACUGGUGGUGGUGGUAAUGCUUUAUCUGAUAUCCCAGAAACAAGCAAUGAAACUGUGAUGAAACCUGAUGAGGGAAAAUCACAAGAUGUUCCAUCUUUAGCUGAUACCACAAGUGGAACACAGAGUGUGCAGAUCGGUCAGAAUAAUGCUGGUGAUACUAUUAUCAUCAUCACUCAUUCAAAUGCUUUAACAGGACAGACUACAACACUUCAAGGUGAGAGCAUCGCUUCUACUGGUGGACUUGGUAGUGAUGUUGGCAGCAGUGAUAAGGAUGGAAGUGCUGCUAAUGAGAAGAACAAUGGUAUGGAUGGUAAAAAUAAAAUGGGUUCUCCUGGACGAAUGAAUACACGCUCAACUACUAAAAACAGUCCAGGACAAGAUAGAGAACCAGAUGAGCAGGAGAUGUACAUGUGUACUGAGUGUGUGUAUGGAACACCACAUAAAUACAAUCUGAAAACACACAUGAAGAGACAUCAGAAAAUAGAAGAGAAUGAGCUCCACAAGUGUGAUCAAUGCGACUAUAACUCACCAUAUAAACAUGACUUGAGAACUCAUAUGCAGAAACAUGAUCCAGAAAAACCAUACAAAUGUUCAAAAUGUGAUUUCUCCAGUAUCUACAAACACAGUAUGUUGCAUCAUGUGGCAAGCAAACAUGAAGGUCUCCGUCCACACAGGUGCGAUUUUUGCAACUAUGCAUCUGCUCGGAAGCAAGAUUUGAGAACGCAUCUUGCAAUUCAUAGUGGUGAGAAGCCAUUCAGGUGUUCAGAGUGUGAUUAUGCAACCCAGUAUAAAGCAAGCCUGAAAGCACACAUGGAUAAACACAAAGGACUGAGACCAUAUCAGUGUGAUGCUGAGGGAUGUGAUUUUGCCACCAAUACCAAACAGAAUUUACGGUCACAUAAGCUGCGACAUUCUGUAGUGAAACCUUACCAGUGUUCGCAUUGUGAUUACAGUGCAGCACAUAGACAGCAGCUUAUAAACCAUGAAGCCAAGCACCGGGACGACCAACCACCCAAAGAGAAGACUUUCAAAUGUGAUCUAUGUGAAUAUGCCACAGCACAUAAACAUAGUCUGACCAGACACUUGCUGACCCAUGAAGAAAAUAGAGCACCACCAGACAAGGUGUAUGCAUGCGAUCAAUGUACCUACACUACUGGAUACAAAAACAGUCUCAAAAGACAUAUGGCAACACACUCCCCUCUCAAACCCUUCAAGUGUGGGCAUUGCGAUUACUCUGCAAUCAACAUGACACAGAUGCAUGUACACAUCGCUAAACAUACUGGUGUGAAACCCUACAAGUGUGAGAAAUGUGAUUAUGCGACUGCUAACAAACAACAUCUCACGGCUCACCAGGCCAAACAUUCUGACCUCAAGAUGAAAUGCGAUUACUGUGAUUUCACAACGUCUUGGAAACAGCGACUUCGCACUCACAUUAAAGCACAUCAGAUGGGAAGAGUGUACAAAUGUACACAGUGCAAAUCUGAAAGUGCACUGUAA